GUGACCCACGACCUGAGGGUCAGUCUAGAUGAAGUGUUCACUGGCUGCACCAAGAAGAUGAAGAUCUCACGCAAACGCCUGAACCCCGACGGAAGAACAGCGCGCACUGAGGACAAGAUUCUUACAGUGGAGGUGAAGAAAGGCUGGAAGGAAGGAACCAAGAUUACUUUCCCCAAGGAAGGUGAUGAGACGCCAGCAAACAUCCCUGCAGAUGUGGUGUUUGUGGUGAAAGAUAAACCACAUCCCGUGUACAAACGAGACGGAUCGGACAUUAUUUAUCCUGCAAAAAUUACACUCCGAGAGGCACUUUGUGGUUGCACGAUCAAUGUCCCAACAAUUGAUGGUCGCACAAUCAAGUUAACAUCUCAGGAAAUUAUUUCUCCCGGGAUGAAACGGCGUGUCACUGGGGAGGGUCUUCCUCUUCCAAAAUCCCCAGAUCGUCGUGGGGACUUGGUUGUCGAAUACGAGGUCAAGUUUCCCGAAAAGUUGAGUGAGAGUGCCAAAGAUAUUAUUGCAAAUGUUUUGCCAGCUUCUUGAGCGGUGUAAAUUACAACCCUGGAGCUGCUGCCAUUGGGGAAUUUUUGGUUUCAUAGGAUUAAUUUAAAGGAUGAAUAUUUGAGGUCAGGCCAAUAAGGUGCCCAUUUGAUGCUGCAAAACAAAACUGUUCUUCUGUAACGUUCUGCCAUUGAGAGACUCUCUGAACCAAAACAUAGCUGGACUGGACUGGUUUAUUUGUCUGUGUCAUGUACAUGAACCCAUGUUCUCUUUGUGUCUAGUCCAGCAGAAAGUCUCCAGCUGUGGCCUCUGGGCCAGUGUUUCGUUGUGCACUACACACAUCUAAGUUUACAAUGUUGACUUGUUCCAAAGCUGGACAGUAGAGGAUGUUGUGAUGUGUGGAGAUACAGUGAUAUGGUUUCUUUUCAACAGUCUGACUGCCUUUGGAUACCUAAGGAAAGUCUUUCUGUGAAAGCAUCCUGUAGGUUUUCUAAUAAUACGGUCUAAUAGAGACGUUAAGUCAUGUCAGGAAAAGUCAUUCACAAUGUAGUGGUGGCCCAAAGUGAUCCCUGCCUGGAUCGUCCCUCAUCUAAGUAUGUGAAUCGGCACUUGCAAUAAGUCGCCUAGACAGCAAUUUUUUUAUUUUUUUUUAUAAAAGAGGAAAAUUUACUGAUGUCUGUUAAUUCCUUGGACAAAAUGACAUGGGAAUAGUUUUCUGUUUUAUUAAUUGUUAUGAAUUGUUUUGACUUGUCUCUGUGAAAUUGAAUUUAUGUUGCUUCACAUUGUUAAUAUUAAACAGUUCAUGGGACAUUU